UGUGAGGAGACCAGAAUAUGUGUCAGCUCUAACUCGUUCUGUCACUCGUGGCUGGCUACCAAUCUACGCCUAUAAUUUUCCGCAAGAUCAGUGAGGUGAAAAAGGAGGAGGAGGAGAGACAGCGAGCAAAGAACGAGGUACAGCUCACCAUCCCACAGGACCAUCCUGUCCGGAAACUUUUCCAGAAGUUCAAGCAGCAGAAGGAGCUCCGCAACCAAGGAGCUGCAGCUGCCUCGCAACUGGACCUGGAGAAGAACCAGCUGCAGGUGGAGCACCACCAGCACCUGCAUCCCCACACCCUGCAGCUCGGCCACUCCAGUCUGCAGCACUCCCUGCCGCUCACCCUGCAGCGGCCCCUCACCUCCAUGCAGAACGGGGCUCCACCCAGCAGCAGCGUUCUGACUGUGUCUCAGGUCACACCCAUGCAGAGCUCUCUGGCUUACGGCCAUCCCAGCGAGGCACCUGCAAAGCAGAACAACUGUGACAUCAUGGAGCUGCAACCCAGUUCUGCUGGAGGGGGCAGCGAGCAAACUGUCAGGCUCAAAGUCAGCACGAGCCCUGCGCUUGCAAAGCCGGCCGCCAAGGCGAGUGGCUGGAUGCGCCUCAAAAACAACAUGGCUCCGGCAGAGACGAGGAAGGAGGGUCUUAACAACAAUGUCAAGGCUGUUUCCGUGGAGAUGCUCUCUCAGGACGGUAAAGGUCGGGAAGCAGGGGGGAGCAGGGAUGGAGAGGAAGGUGGGGUCUCCAGCAACAACCCACUUCGCAAGACGGACUCAUGUGACAGUGGAAUCACUAAGAGCGAGCUGCGCAUUGACCGGGCAGGAGAGCCGCGGACCCCAGCGGCAGUUACCCCACUUCUCCACAGCCCUCUUCCCGGAGGAGUGGGGUCCCCUCACUCUUUCUGCCCCAUACCGGAACAGGCCCUGCAGGCCGCAUUGCACGAGACCCGGAUGGAGCUCCGGGGGGACAUCCAGACUCUGGGAGGCCGUCUGGGCGCCCUGGAGAGUCAGGUAGCUGAAAUUAUCAAACUGCUGUCGGAUAAGAGACAGCCGUCCACGGGGGCGCCACCUGCCUCUGCAACACCCAAAACCAAAAUACAACGGCAAGACAUUUUCACCGUCUCCAGGCCCGUUUCUCCAGACUCAGAGAAGGACGAUGGGCUCUGAAGAGAGCGGAACCAGCGGUGCAGAGUGCGCAUUGGACUAACAGAGAUUAUAUUAACAUUAGCUCUAUCAAUUCAAGGUUACUCACAUUUUUGGGCAUCCUCUUGGACUCUCGUACACCGCUGGUCUCAAUUUCCAAUUGGAAAAAAAAAAACUGGCUUCUUGUUUGCACACUGAUUUUUUUGUCUCCCGGUCAUGUGGGAGUCUUUACUCUCCAGUGACCCGGACUCUGUUUUCUUUUUGAUUGUACAUACCUCUCUAUGCAUGUCCAGCUGGAUUCUGGCCUGCCAAAGAAACAACUACUAAACGUACUUAUUGCCUGUAUAUUAUGCAGUUGACUGCAUGCAAAUAAGAUUCAAAGAGACAUUUUAUUGAGCUACACUGUACAUAUAAAUAUUUUUCAUUGAUGAAUUUACUAUGUGGACAUUCAGGGUUUGCAUACUAGUAGCACUAUAAACAUUGAAUAUCUCAAAGGGUUUACAGGCAGUUGGAUUGUGCAUGGAUUAUUUAUACAUAGAGAAGUCAUAAAGGGACAGAGGUUUUGUUUCAUUUCUUUUGCCUGUCAGAUGAAGCAGAUGUUUGAUUCUGUUCUCACGCCACAGAGAUGCUCGGAUGUGAGGAUCAGCAUCUGUUAAAACAGGGAGGGAAAUUUCUGAUAUGUUUUUUUUAAUAUAUAUAUAUAUAAUAAUAAUAAUCAUUGAUUUCUAUUUUUGAUUACAGAAAUGCCCUUGGCCUCAGUUUGAUAUCUGGUAAACCCUGAAAAAUGCUUGUUUUGUUUGAGCCCUCCUUGUGUCUAUGCAUCGCUCGGGUACGCCGCCAGAAUAUUGUACCUUUGUAAUCUCGUUGAUGAAUGAUUUUUUUUGUUUUGUUUUCUUUUGGUUUUUUGUUCCAUUCCUCUGCAUGAAUCAGGGAUGACAGAAUGCACUUUUGGGUAAAGUUGGGGUGACAAGAAGGCUUUAGGGAAAUAACACAGUUCACGCAAAAGUCCACUCAGCACAGUGACAUGUAAUCCCACGGCCCCAGCGACACACACGGCAGUCUUAACCAGCUAGCGUCUCUCUCUGAAGUCUGCUCUGAAUUCCAUUAAGCAGCAACAGCUUUGCCUCAAAGCUAGCAAGUAAUAAACAUGGAAUAGUGUACUUUCUAUGAUAUCAUUUUUUGUAAAAAAUCUGCAUGCGAAGGAGCAGUUUUAUGCUCCGCAGUGCUUACAAAUACACGUGUGAGAAGUGACACAUUUGCUUCAAACAUGCAGUGUGAAGGCGUCUCGUGGUGUGAACCCUGAAGGCUCGCAAAGACCUUUUCUUCACAGAAGGCAGAUCAGUCAGUUUGUCAGAAGUCACGGUCUUUUCAGGUCCUCUAUG